AUACUGGACAAAGCACCGUAUGGGAGUGGUUUCUUAGAAUCGAAUGAAUCCUCCUGAAUGUAAGGUUUUUGAAUUCCUGUAGCCGAACUAUUACUUUCUCAAGUCAAAAGGGUUCAAGGGAACACUAUUAGCGCUUAUUUUGUCAGAAAAUCCAAAAGAGGGUAUACAAAACUAAACAGAAUAAGAUCAUAUGUGAUUUUGUGUAACAAAUCACUGACGCUGGAUGGUUGGUGAUUCAUAAGUUGCGUUCCCCAAACAUGUGCUGUGUCUGACCGAGGCUGACCCGCGCUACCGAGACCCCCAGGAAGACCAUGCUCUCCCUCCUGCUGCCCACGCUGCUUGCUGUGCAAGCUCUCGCUGUCCUAGAAGUGCAAGUCCCAGAGCUGCCAGUGGUUGCGCUGUACGGCAUGGACACCACCCUCAACUGUUCCUUCAGCCACGCCUCUCCCUUCAACCUGUCUGACCUCAGUGUCUUCUGGCAGCUGACGGAUACCAAGCGCAGCGUGCACAGCUACUGGGCCAGCCAGGACCAGCUGGCAGACCAGGGAGAGCGCUACGCCAACCGCACCAGCCUGUACCCCUCCCAACUGGACGCGGGCAACACCUCGCUCCUCCUGAGGGGGGUCCGGGUGGCCGACGAGGGUAGCUACACCUGCUUCGUCAGGGUGGAGGCCUACGGUAGUGCAGCCCUACUGCUCCAGGUGGCAGCCCCCUAUUCCAAGCCUCUGGUGACCCUGGAGCCGGACUCUAACCUGCGGCCGGGUGACAAGGUGGCGCUGACCUGCGUGGCGUACGGUGGCUACCCUGAGGCUGACGUACUGUGGCAGGACGGGGGCGGGCACAACCUGACGGACAACGUCACCACCUCCCUGGUGGCCAAUGAGGAGGGGCUGUUCAGCAUGCGCAGUGUCCUGACUGUCACCCUGGAGCCCAAUAGCACCUACAGCUGCAGACUGACCAACCCAUUAUCGGGCGAGGACGGCCACGCCUCCGUCACUAUCACAGGUCAGAACAUGGUGUUUCCUCCGGUGGCUCUGUGGGUGACGGUGGGCCUGGCUGUGUGUCUGCUGGGUCUGCUCAUCGCCCUGGCUGCAGUCUGCCGUAGGAAGAUCAAGGAGAGCUGUGAGGAGGACAGAGCAGCCAAGGAGCUUGAAGAGGCCAAAGAACUGCAGGAAGAGGAGCAGUCUAAGACAGCCAUGACCCCCCUGAAAAGCUAAAGCCAAUAGAACACAGAAGUGAGGAGGCAGACGGUGAGACAGCGAUGAGUCUGGUAUUCAAUCCCACUACACCUAUCCAACGACGGAGAGACUGGUUCCACUGUCUCCUACCCACACAGUGUUCAGUCCUCACUGAGCUGAUGAUGAGUCCAUCAUACCCAUCCCUACAGGACCACUUCCUCCUGGGUUUCAAAAAGACAUAAACCCAUCAUAUCCUAUUACAGCACUAUGCAUUUCCCUUCCCCUGCUACUCUUUCAGUUAACGAAGACUGCUGCAGUAUAUGAAUGCUGAUGUGGAGUCGUAUUAAUUUCUAUGCAAUAUGCUAGAGAGAAACUCCACUUGAACGCCAUUGGAUUUGACAGGCUCCCUGUGUAUCGAGGUAGGAAGUUUGAGAGACCCAGGAUCUCAUUUCUAAUAGGAAGUGAGCAGCUUAAGAGAUGACCCAGCUGAGUCUGCCAUCGGUGUCUCCGUAGCUGUCUGCCUGCCAGAGAUGGAGUGUAGCUGUGUAGUUCUCCAUUUACUCCUUGACUCACUAAUUAAUGGUUGCCCGUGGAGUAACUUGUACCUGUCAGUGUCUACCGCUCUCGUAUAUUCAAUAACUUGGAGGAGUUGAAAUUGAAUGCCAGCUAAGCUCGAACAAACUGCAAAUGGUGCAUGGGAUACACCCUGGUUCUCUCACUGACCUGACAGCAGCCUUAUAUGUAAGGUUUUAAUGAACAUGGACUCUUCUCAGCUACUCUUAACUGCCAAGGUAGUAUGUUUUAUGAAUUCAAGAUGGAGGGUGGAAGGGUGGGUGGGUGAGGGUAUAGGUUCUGUUACAGUAUACAGGUACUCGAGUCCUUGUGCCAAGUCCUUGUGCCAAAUGUCCAUGUGCUAAAGCCGUCCAUAAAUGUUUAAUGCUAAAGCCGUUCAUAAAAUAACCCAGUGCCGAUUCGCAUUAAAGAGACAUGGUGAAAAUGUU